AUGGAAGGGAAAAGGACUCAAAGCAUGAUCACACUGCAGGGAAUCUCUAACACUGCAAAAGUACAAGAAGAAGACCAAAUCUAUUUUGAAAUAUAUUCAGAAAACGGGUUAGUAAGAAGUAUUUCUUCCCCUGUGCUUAUUACACCCACAGAAAGACCACACGAAAGAAUCCCACAGAAUGAACCAAUUAAACCAGAUACUCCUGAAUUAUUCAUAAGAACAAGGAUUAUCUACAUAAUAAGCCAUAACAAGAAUUCUCAUUUAUAUCUGGGCGUAGACACACUUACACAUAAAAAACUAGCCAUUAAAAUAAUUAGUACUAGAUCGUAUGAGAAUAAAGUACAGGCAAGGAAUGAGACAAGGAUACUUCCCAUUCUGAACCAUAAGAAUAUUAUAAAGUAUCUUGGGAAUAGGGAAUUCUUAAGCGUAGUAAUAAUAUACUUAGAAUAUUUUAAAAGUGUGGAUUUAUUCUGUUUAAUAAAAAGGAACGGGAUACUUCCUGUACCACUUGCACUGAAGAUAUUUAAAAGUCUUGUAGAUACGGUUAAGUAUAUGCACUCGUGCCGGGUUUGUCAUUUAGACAUAAAACCAGAGAAUAUUUUAAUUAACGGCCGGUUAGAUAUAAAAAUAAUAGAUUUCGGGUUAUCACAGAAAGCAUUGAAAAAUGGACUAAUUGAAGCGUACGGUGGAUCAAUAAAUUAUGCAUCACCAGAGGCCGUUAGAGGGGGUGUAUACAAUGGAUUCCUUUCUGAUUCAUGGUCGUGUGGGGUUGUUUUAUUUAUUAUGGUAAAUGGAUAUUUUCCUAUUUCAAGAAGAACCCCUUCAUUACCACACGUCCCCAUCAAAAUAAUUUCAAUUAUUGAACAACUACUUGCUGUUUCCCCUGAAGAGAGAGUACCAAUCUGCUCAUUGAAUUUAUAA